UGAGCAUCUUGUUUAGAUAAUAACUGCUUGUGAUCAGUGUUAAUUGCUAAAUGACGGAUUAUGUAUCAAUAACACGUCUUAUCCAGAGAAAAGUGUAUCUGAUAAGUGGCAUUUGGAACUUGGGGAUAAGUAGCUGCCCAUUAGCUAGCAUUUGGUAAUGGAGGAUGGAUGGAUUAGCCCAAGGUAAGGACUAAUUAAACAGCUGGAAUCAGAGGGAUUAAUAUAUACAAAUUCCUUGCCAUCCCCAAGAAUCUUGUUCAUGAACAACUUUGGCUCGUGUGGAACUGAGUGGUCAGCUUAGUGGUUCAUCGGCAUGGCUGCCGCAGCUGCUUCUUCCUUCCUAUUUUUCUUCUCGCUUCUAACUGUCUCUGCAUUUGAACAAAAACCACACAACAUUUUGAGCUGCAAGUCCACGUCUCCCGACGCUUCCGGCUACUACUGCAACGCUACAAAUGCAUCAUCUGUAGAGAACAAGUGUGCAACUUUUGCGAUUCUUCGCACCAACGCGUACUACUCCUCUCUCUCCAAUCUGAGCUCGUACUUGGGCAUCAGUCCGUUUGUGAUAGCAGACGCGAACGGAUUUUCAGCUGACACGGAGUUUCUUCCUAAAGACGAGCUUUUGUUGAUACCGAUUGAUUGUAAGUACGGCAAUGGUGGUGUUUUUUGUGCCGAGUUGACAAGGACUAGUGUGAAAGGUGAGAGCUUUUAUGGCAUUGCUCAGUCACUAGAGGGCUUGACAACCUGCAGAGCUAUUCGAGAGAGGAAUCCAGGCGUUUCGCCAUGGGGGCUUGCUGAUAAGCUUCAGUUGGUGAUCCCCUUGAGAUGUGCUUGUCCUUCUUCAUCAUCUCGACUUGUGACACGAUCAAGACUCUUGAUUUCAUAUCCUGUGAGUGAAGGCGACACGAUUUCUGAUUUGGCUGUUAAGUUCAAUACAACACAAGAAGCUAUCAUAUCUGCAAAUAACAGAUCAUUCAAAAGCGUUAGACCCGAAAGUUUGACACCUCUUACAUCUCUUCUGAUUCCGCUUGAAGGAAAACCUAUACUCGGUCCCCUAGGAAAACCCCGGGAACCCAAUUUGCGCUUUCCAGCAGCUAGCAUCCCUGCAGUUAGUCCCCACAAGAAGAAGGCGAAAAUGAACCAGAUUGGAUUGUAUGUCGCGCUUAGCGGAGUCGUUGUUGGAGCCAGCAUUGCGGUCGCGGCAGCAUUCUUGCUAUUUCAGAUGAAGAAAAAGAAAAAGACUUCACCAAAAGGAUGUGAUGUGGAUCUGCAACAGCUCAGCCUAAGUGUGAGGACAACAAGUGACAAAAAAGUCUCGUUUGAGGGAUCACAAGCUACUUUUGACGGUCAGAUCAUCGAGACAACCACGCCGCGAAAGGUUCUGGUGGAGAUGUAUACAAUUGAGGAGCUGAGCAGAGCAACCGAGGACUUCAGUUCCGGCAACCACAUUGAAGGAUCUGUGUACCAUGGCCGCCUAAGCGGGAAGAACUUGGCAGUAAAGCGCAUACAGCCAGAUACAAUUUCGAAGAUUGAGUUUGGUCUUUUUCAUGAUGCCAUUCAUCAUCACCCCAACAUAAUGAGGCUGUUGGGAACUUGCUUGAGGCCAGAGGGGCAAGAAUCGUUUCUGGUUUUCGAGUAUGCGAAUAAUGGAUCUUUGAAGGACUGGCUCCAUGGCGGAUUGGCAAUCAAAAACCAGUUCAUUGCGUCGUGCUAUUGUUUCUUGACGUGGAGCCAAAGGCUGAGGAUAUGUCUUGACGUAGCCAUGGCAUUGCAGUACAUGCACCACAUUAUGAACCCCCUUUAUGUCCAUCGUAAUUUAAAGAGCCGAAACAUUUUCCUCGACGAAGAAUUCAACGCAAAGAUUGGGAAUUUCGGCAUGGCAAAGUGUGCUGAAAAUGACUCCGACGAUCAACAUUGUAGUCCAACCAGCCCUGCCGCGUCUUGGAGCCUGGGUUACAUGGCACCCGAAUAUGUUCACCAGGGUGUGAUUUCUCCAAGCAUUGAUAUUUUCGCAUAUGGCAUCGUGUUGCUAGAGGUCUUGUGUGGACAAACGCCAAUAAGCAGGCCGGGCGCUGAUGGAGAAGAAAACUUUUACCUCUCAGAGAAGAUCAAAUCCGUGUUGCAUUUGGACAAUGCAGAGGAGUUAAGAGAGUGGAUGGACAGCGCGUUGGGGGAUAACUAUUCGUUCGACGCAGCUGUCACACUGGCAAAUCUAGCCAGGGCCUGCGUCGACGAAGACCCUAGUUUGAGGCCUAGUGCAGGGGAAGUUGUCCACAAGUUGUCGCGAUUGGUGGAGGAGUCGAAAAGCGUGGAGGGGGAGAAUAUUUUGAUCAGUGAGAGCUCUUGUAAGCCGCUGGUGAAGGCGGCGGCGGCAAACAAUGUGUGAACAAAGCAUUGGGAGGAUGCAUUGCAAACAGAAGACAUGUUUAUUGGUGCAUGUCACCGGGUUCUUCUGCUUGUAUAUAUAUGUAACAUCUUUGUCUCCUCGAAUAAUAAAUGGCAUUGGUACUA